GCGGCACGUUGGGCGCAAUCGGCGCACAGGAAGCCCAUGGUCGCGUGUCAUUCGAUAAGACAGCUGCCAGCAUCCAGGAGGGCAAGGUCUACGAAGACACGCUCAUUGACCCGGAUGGUGCUGCCAUCUACAUUGGUGAGUUUGUGGGUGAGGUUCCCCACGGAAGAGGACGCCUCUUUUGGAGCAGCACAAACUACGAAGCCUUCAUUGGCAGAUUCAAGAAUGGUGUGCCCAGGGAGGGUGUCUUCCUCAAUGAGAAAGGCUUUUGCGUUUCCCGCUGCAAG